AUGGCGGCCAGGCUUGCACCCGUGCCGGAGUUGAGCACCGACGAGCCUGCGGCUGCGACUCCCUACCUGCCCUGCAGCCUCUACCGGGACUGGAUCCGGAGCGUUGCCGUGUCUGGAGCGCAGAUGAGAUCGACUGUUUUCUCCAUGUCCCAAUCCGGUGAUAGCGGAUCCAGCUACUCCAGCCACUCUAGCUACUCCAACUACUCUAGCGCCUCCUCUCGUUCGGCCGGCGCCGACGCCGACGACUUUGGCGCGAACGAGCUCACGAAGAUCGCUCACCAAAUGGUUAGCGACGGGUACACCCAGCGCAUGCUCCAAGCAUUCGUCGUCGCAUCUUCGCCAGCGUUGGACCGUGCCCUGGAGAAUCGGUUAUCCGGGAUCGAGCUGUACGACGUCCCAUCUCCGGUGCCAGCACUUGGAAACGGUGGCGGCCCGAACACCGUGCUGGAGACUUGGUUCUGCGAACUUGACGUGGGCUGGGUUCUCCAAAUUUGCCAGGAGCGUGGCUCACAGUGGCAGUUCCGGCUCCAAGACAAGUCGGCAUCAUCAUUGCAAGACUUGGUCGAGAGGUGGAUCCGAGGUCUCACAGUGAUCGUCCAUUGUUUGACAGAGUUGGUCUCCAACUCUGUGGGGAUCUGCGUGGAGAGUAUGGCAACAGAACGGUUCGGCAAAGCCAGCAUUUCCAAGAUGCUCGUCUUCGUCGAGGCCAUCAUGCCUGAUCUCAAGGCUGAGAAGCUACAGGCCGUGCUAGACAUGUAUACAUGUGUCUCCAAUGCAUUACACAUGCUUAGGUCAUUUGGCAUGUCUACCAGAAACCAACAAAUAUUCAGCGCGGCAUGUGACUUGUUGAGUACACAAGGCGACAUGCUAUGGGAGGCCAUAUCCAGCACGAUGGAGGAGAUGAGGGCACUCGUCGAGGGCGACGAUGAUUUGUGGGCUAUGGAAAUUAAGCAUGGAGGAGGCGAGGUUCACAACAACACCCAUUUGGUGGUCAGUUCCAUCUUGUCCAUGAAGAAAACAGUGGCUUUGAUGACAGGAACCUUUACAUGGCUCGACUACGACUAUAAACUUGACGUCCUGAUAGAUGAGACGGUUUAUUAUCUAAAUGAUCUGCUUCUCAGAAAGUCGGAACUGUGCUUGGAUCCAAGCCUCAGGUACCUGUUCCUGCUUAACAAUUCCUAUUUCGUUGUGUCAUUGAAUCUUCAUCUUCCUCGGUGGUAUCAACGCUCCCUGAUAUUUAAACUUGCACCCGAAUGUAAGAAGUACAUGGAUAGUUAUCUCGAUGUUUCUUGGGGACAUGUGUUGUCCUGUAUACCCAAAUCAAAUUUUAAUGGACCGCUCCAAUGUUGGAAGAACACCUCCUCACUAGCUAAAUUCGAGUCAGCUUUCCACAAAACUUACCAGGCUCAGAAAUUCUGGAAGGUUCCAGAACCUCAGCUCAGAGAUGCACUGAGGAAAACUAUCAUAGAGAGUGUUAUCUCAAGUUACCGUGACUACCUGGAGGAGCAUCCAGAGCUAGCGGAACAAGUUAGACUCGGAAGCAGCAGUCCCGAGGUUUUGGAGGAGAUGUUGCGAGAGCUAUUUGAAGGAUGA